CGGCUCCUCCCCCGCCGCUCUCACGUGACCGGGGCGGUGCGGCCCCUGCCGGACACCGUCGCGGCCCCACGCGCGGCCCCGGGCCCGCCCCGCCAUGGGCUGCUGCUACAGCAGCGAGGCCGAGGCCUCCGACCAGGAAGAAGAGACGAAGCGGCUGCUGGAGCCAGCAGCCAGCCCUCCCAACAAGGUGCUGAACGGAGCGGAGCAGAGCUACCACAACCUCCCGUCGGCACGCACCGACGAGCAGGCCAUGCUGUCCUCCAUCCUCGCCAAAACAGCCAUCAACAUCAUCGACGUGUCGGCAGCUGAUUCCCAGGGCAUGGAGCAGCACGAGUACAUGGACAGAGCCAGGCAGUACAGCACGCGCCUGGCCAUGCUGAGCAACAACCUGACGCACUGGAAGAAGCUCCCGCUGCUGCCGUCGCUGACCACCCAACCCCACCAAGUGCUCGCCAGCGACCCCGUCCCUUUCGCAGACCUGCAGCAGGUGUCGCGGAUAGCUGCCUACGCCUUCAGCGCCCUCUCACAGAUCCGUGUCGACGCCAAAGAAGAACUGGUUGUACAGUUUGGCAUCCCCUGAGCCCUCCCCGCAGCUCCGCCGCUUCAACACUUUUGGGGUUUUUGGUUUGUUUGGUUGUUUUUUUUUUUUUUUUGGUCUUUAUUUCCUCUCCCCUCCCUCCCCAUGGCACCACGACAGAACUUGUACAGACACCCCGGUUUUCCUACUCCUCGCCAAGACACCCCCGUCGCCAGCCCCUCGCCCCCGCCGGCGCUGUGUGGGGGCCUUUCUCCUCCUCGUGGGUGGGUGGGUGCGUGGGUGGGUGGGGCUGCAUUUUGCCGGCCGCUGCCUUGCACAGGGCUGACCACAAAGGGAAUGCCGGCGUGGGGAGGGCUGGAGCCAGUCGGGCUGCCACGGGUGUGAUGCCCUGAGCGGGACCCGGUGGCUUCCGACACCCUCCCCACUCAUUUUUACAUAUUUGGACCUUUAUUUUCUUUUUUUUUUUUUUUUUAUUAUUAUUAUUUUUGGCCACAGUAGAUAAAACCAUGUUCAUCCAG